ACCUACAAAUUAAACUUCAAAAUGUUUACUAACGAACACAGAUAUUUUAUCCAAUAUAUGCUUGAAAACAGUUAUAUUUCUCUUGAAGAAGCUUCUGAAGUCUACAAAAGUAUCCCAGGUGAAAAAAAUCACAAAUCGAAAUCCCUUGAACAGUUAAUUCAUACAAUUAACGAAAAAAUAUGUAAGCAAGAACUCCGUAUUGUUACUGCAAAAUGUGACUUAACUAAUGAGGACAACGUGAUAUUAAUAAACACAAGUAGUGACAAUCUAACAAGACGAUUAAGGGCUUUCACUCCUUCAGAGCUACUAUAUUUCCAAAUUAUUAUUAAAGAAAUAAUUACAACUGAAGGACAGAAAAUUCCAUACCACAUCUGUUUAAAUUUAUCAAAAUCAGAUGCUAUUUCAUUAAAAGCUGAUGAUGCAGAAAAUGUUUUAGAAAAGUGGCUUAGUAUGGGCUACUUUAUCAAAAUUGAGAAAAAUAUUCAUUUAGGGAGUAGGAGCAUCGUCGAGCUUAUUCCAUUCUUCCAUCAAUAUUAUAAGGACUACAUAAAAAAGUGCUAUUUGUGUUCAGACUUGGUGUUUUCUGGUCACAUUUGCGAUAUUUGUAAAGAAGAAUUUCACAAAGUUUGUAUAAGAAAAUUUCUUGUUAAACAUCAAAAUUGUCCAAACUGUAUAAACCGAAAUGAAAGUAGAUAUCGCUGCGAAAAUGAAAGCAUCGAUGAAGAUGACAGUAUGUCUAUACCAAGCACAAGCAGGAAGAAGAAACGUUUAGAUUGAUAAAAAUAAUGCAAUGUAUUGUUAUUUUAAUUAUCUAUAAAUGUUAAUGCUUGAUACUA